GCUCAUCAAUGCUUUAUAAUUGCAUGAUUGGGUAUAAUAAACUUAUCUAAACGUAAUAAUUACUAGUAAUUACUAAUCACACGGAUGAAAUUAUUAUGUGAAAAGUCAAAAACACAUAUAAUGACGGACAUAGUUACCAUAUAAAUGCAUGGGAAAAAAACAAACGGGCUCAUUGAGUGGAAUGUACCAAAUCCAAACACAAGAAGAAGAGUUCUUCUCAAGUCCUAAUCAGUUGCUCAUGAAGCUCAAGGAAACCAAACCAACACCUUCCAAAGUUCCAAACUUUCCAGUGUUGGAUCCAUGUAUUUGUCCUCUCGUUGUUGAAAGUUGAGAUCUUUGACCCUCCACUUGCUGUUUCAGUUUCCAAAAUCGAAGCACUUUGUGCCACCAAGCCCCGUCUUCAUCUUUUCUCGGAUCCAUUUACUUUCUCUCUCUGAAAUGCAACUACCUGGGCGAAAAAGUUGAGUUUUUUUCUCCCAAAGGAGUCGCCUUUGCAUUAGAUUCCUUGCAAUUGUGCGAAUUUUGGAGUAUAAGUGCUUGGAUUCGGGUGUGCUAAGGGGUUGCAAGGUGGAAGAGGAGGAAAGGUUGGAUCUUGGGUAGGGAGGGAGAUGGAGAGCUAUCUGAAUGAGAAUUUUGGCGGGGUGAAGUCGAAGAACUCGUCGGAGGACGCGCUCCGGCGAUGGCGGCGGCUCUGCGGCGUCGUCAAGAACCCUAAAAGGCGGUUCCGGUUCACUGCUAAUCUCUCCAAGCGUUCUGAGGCUGCUGCCAUGAAGAGAACCAAUCAGGAGAAAUUGCGAGUUGCUGUUCUAGUUUCAAAAGCUGCACUGCAGUUUAUACAUGGUAUCACUUUGCGUACUGAAUACAAAGUACCGGAGGAAGUCAAGGAAGCUGGCUUCCAGAUUUGUGCUGAUGAGUUAGAGUCUAUUGUUGAAGGCCAUGAUGUGAAGAAGUUGAAAGGGCAUGGUGGUGUUGACGGUAUUGGCAACAAGCUUUUGACAUCGACAACGAUUGGACUUACUGAUACAGGGGACAGUUUAAAGCGUAGACAAGAUAUCUUUGGCAUAAAUAUGUUUGCCGAAAGUGAAGUUAAAAGUUUUUGGGUAUUUGUAUGGGAAGCGCUUCAAGAUAUGACACUGAUGAUUCUUGCUGCGUGUGCCUUUGUCUCUCUUGUCGUUGGCAUUGCCAUGGAAGGGUGGCCGAAAGGUGCUCAUGAUGGCCUUGGAAUUGUUGCGAGUAUUCUUCUAGUUGUGUUUGUCACUGCAACUAGUGAUUACCGACAAUCAUUACAGUUCAAGGAUCUUGAUAAGGAGAAGAAGAAGAUAACCAUACAAGUUACAAGGAGAGGAUUCAGACAAAAGCUUUCGAUAUAUGAUCUUCUCCCUGGUGAUAUUGUGCAUCUAGGAAUUGGGGAUCAAGUUCCUGCUGACGGACUUUUCGUUUCUGGAUUUUCUCUGCUGAUCAAUGAGUCCAGUCUUACUGGCGAAAGCGAGCCUGUCAUUAUCAAUUCUGAAAGCCCAUUUCUUUUAUCCGGAACUAAGGUUCAAGACGGUUCUUGCAAGAUGUUGGUGACAACAGUUGGCAUGAGAACUCAAUGGGGCAAGCUGAUGGCCACACUCAGUGAAGGAGGCGAUGAUGAAACUCCCUUGCAGGUCAAACUCAAUGGAGUUGCCACUAUCAUAGGAAAAAUAGGUUUAUUCUUUGCAGUUGUGACAUUUGCGGUGCUAGCACAAGGUCUUAUUAUUCGAAAGUUUCAAGAAAGUUCAUAUCUGAGCUGGUCCGGAGACGAUGCACUGCAGAUGUUGGAGUAUUUCGCAAUUGCAGUUACAAUAGUUGUGGUUGCAGUUCCUGAAGGCCUGCCGUUAGCUGUAACUUUAAGCCUUGCUUUUGCCAUGAAAAAGAUGAUGAAUGAUAAAGCGUUGGUUCGCCACCUUGCAGCUUGUGAGACUAUGGGUUCGGCUACAUCCAUUUGCAGCGACAAGACAGGAACACUGACGACCAACCACAUGACCGUUGUGAAAGCUUGCAUUUGUGGAAAUGUAAUGGAUGUAUGCAAUUCUGAGGCAGCUUUGGCCAUGUUCUCGCGACUUCCAGAUAUUGUGGUGAAGACUCUUGUCCAGUCUAUAUUUAAUAAUACAGGUGGUGAAGUUGUGGUCAACCAGGAUGGAAAGCAGGAAAUUCUAGGGACGCCAACUGAAACUGCGUUGUUAGAGUUUGGACUGUUGAUUGGUGGAGACUUUCAAGUAGUACGCCAGGAAUCUAAGAUUGUCAAAGUCGAACCUUUCAAUUCUGUGAAAAAGAGAAUGGGAGUGGUGCUUCAGCUUCCUGAAGGUUCACAUCGUGCUCACUGUAAAGGUGCGUCGGAAAUAAUUUUAGCUGCUUGUGACAAGGUUUUAGAUGCCGAAGGUAAUGUAAUACCUUUAGAUGAAGCAGCAUUCAAUCAACUACACAGUAUAAUUGAAAGCUUUGCUAGUGAAGCUCUUCGAACACUAUGCCUUGCUUAUAUGGAAAUGGAAAAUCGUUUCAUAGCUGAGGAACAAAUUCCUGUUAAUGGAUAUACGUGUAUUGGCAUUGUGGGUAUCAAAGAUCCUGUCCGGCCUGGUGUGAAAGAAUCUGUCGCAAUUUGUAGAUCAGCUGGCAUUACUGUGAGGAUGGUUACAGGUGACAACAUUAACACGGCAAAAGCAAUUGCUCGGGAAUGUGGCAUCCUUACUGAUGGUGGUGUUGCUAUCGAAGGUCCAGAUUUUAGAGAGAAAAGUUUGGAAGAGCUGAAUGAAUUGAUUCCAAAAAUUCAGGUAAUGGCUAGAUCUUCACCUCUAGACAAACAUACGUUGGUGAAGCACCUUCGCUCCAUGUUCAACGAAGUUGUUGCUGUGACUGGCGAUGGCACAAAUGACGCCCCAGCUCUUCAUGAGGCAGAUAUUGGGCUUGCAAUGGGUAUUGCCGGCACAGAGGUGGCAAAAGAGAGUGCUGAUGUUAUAAUUCUUGACGACAAUUUUUCAACAAUUGUAACUGUGGCCAAGUGGGGGCGUUCUGUGUACAUAAACAUUCAGAAAUUUGUACAGUUCCAACUGACCGUUAAUGUGGUUGCUCUAAUUGUUAAUUUCUCUUCAGCUUGUUUAACCGGGAGUGCUCCUCUCACUGCCGUUCAGUUGUUAUGGGUAAACAUGAUAAUGGACACAUUAGGUGCUCUUGCAUUAGCUACCGAGCCACCGAAGGAUGACUUAAUGCGAAGAACACCAGUUGGAAGGAAAGGAAAUUUUAUCAGCAAUGUAAUGUGGAGGAAUAUACUAGGACAAUCGUUCUAUCAGUUUGUCGUGAUAUGGUAUCUUCAAACAGAAGGAAAGCGAUUGUUUCGACUUGACGACACUGAUGCUGAUCUUACUCUGAAUACUCUCAUUUUCAAUUCAUUUGUCUUUUGCCAGGUGUUCAAUGAGAUCAGCUCUAGGGAUAUGGAGAAGAUCAAUGUGUUCCAUGGCAUGUUGGAGAAUUAUGUAUUUGUGGCUGUUCUGACCUGCACUGUCCUUUUUCAGUUUAUUAUUGUUCAGUUUCUUGGCGAUUUUGCAUACACAAUUCCACUAACAUUCUUUCAAUGGUUUUUGAGCAUCUUAAUCGGGUUUCUUGGCAUGCCUAUUGCCGCUGCCGUCAAGUUGGUUCCUGUUGGAUCAAAGUAAGAGAUUAGUGAAAGCAGAAGCUUUACUUGUAGAGAUUCACUUUUGCAUUUUCUCUAAGGUCUUUUCUCAAGACCGGCCACAUGCUUUAUAUUCGUAGCGCUAGCGAAACAUUUGGUUGAAGAUGGCUUUCUAUAUACAUGGAAAACAAACAACUGAUCUCCUCCACACAGCUAAACCAUUUGCCAUGCUAACAGAUUCUGUGCCUGACAACUCUGUGAAUUGCUACAACUAUGACUUAAAAAUCAGAAUCAGUCGGCAGGAUGCCUCAUUUUUGUAUCUCUUUUUCUGUUUGUUCCAAAAAUACAAACUUGUUUAAUUGAAAUAGAUUGAAAUAGCUGGAUUUGUAUC